CCGCAAAUAUUGCGAUUAUUCAUGAUCGAUCUAUUGUAUGAUCAUCGAGUCAAUGUACCCGCCCGCACCCGCCAAUCGAAGUGAAAGAGUUCAUGACGCCGAUGCUGCUAAUGCAGCAUUGGCACGACUAUCUGCAGUCAGGAAAGGCUAUCUGACCGACCGCUUCAUCAGUUCCCUGUUGCCUCGGGCGCAGCUACAGCCCCUGCGGUCACCAUUGAUCAAUACGGGUACCUAUGUGCGAUCCGAAGCCAUCGACAGACUCGUGGAACAGUGGCUUGAGCUCUCCAAGCCGGAGGGGCAACCUUGUCAGAUUGUUAGUCUCGGAGCAGGGAGCGAUACACGAUUUUGGCGUUUGAUGGAUGGACCCUGGAAAGAGCAGAUUGGGGCGUAUUUCGAACUCGACUUUCCGGACGUGACCCUGAAGAAAGCAAUGGCCAUUCGCAAUCCGAGAAGCGGGCUUCAGCACUACUCUUGGUCAUUCGGAGCUAGGUCAGUGAGGUCGCCCAACGAUGUGCGGAUAACCACUUCUGCAAUAAUCCUUGUAGAUCUUGGGGGGCAGGCUUUGCACUCGUCCAGAUAUCAUCUUUUACCAUGUGAUCUUCGCAACCCCCCCGGAGACAUUUUUCCAGGGCUCUUCAAAGAGUAUCUGUCACCUACUCUUCCAACACUUCUAUUGUUUGAAUGCGUGUUGGUUUACAUGUCUCCGGAGGCCUCAUCCAUAUUGAUACAAUGGUUCGUUGACUUCUUCAGCCCGAGCACCCACACUCCAUCACCAGGUGCUCUGGGAUGCACGGUAUAUGAAAUGUUCGGGCUGGAAGAUUCCUUUGGGCAGGUCAUGAUGAACAAUCUUCGAGCGAGAAAUGUUUCUCUUCCUGGGGCGAAGCCAUAUCCUUCAUUAGAGUCUCUGCCCUCCCGUUUCUUAAAGCACGGAUUCACUUCUGGGAAGGCACUGACCCUUCGUAAUAUCAGAAGUAAUUACAUAGAGCCGUCAGAACUAGAAAGAAUAUCUAGCCUUGAAAUGCUUGAUGAGGUCGAAGAGCUCAAUCUCGUUCUUGAACAUUAUGCGAUCACAUGGGGUGUGAAGGCCUCCUCAUCAAUAUCCCCAUGGAUUGAAUGGGGCUUGCGUCCGGUCAAACAACAACUCGCAGAUACUGUGUAGCUUGACUAACAACAGCAGAGGCGGUGCGCAGCUCCAGACUCGCUGGAGGAGGGCUUUAUUUUGAUGAUCGGGUUUUUCUGAGUCAUUGUUGUGCUGGGGGUAUGCUCCAUGAGCUUGAUUCGGCCCAUCAGAUGAUCCGCUGUUUUUGUUUGUCUCUGGCUUCCCUCGUUGACGCUGGUCAUUAGUUUAUUAUCAUCUGUCGAGUUGUCCUUGAGGAUGUUAUGUAAACAAAUUUAGAUUCGAUUAUUGUACAGAA